GUGACGUUCAGGGAAGGUGGGGGCAAUCAUGGUGCCGUUGGGGAGGGGAGAAGCUGGCGCUGCCGCCGUUGCCGGGAGCCGCGGAGACAGGUCAUUACAUUUCCAUUUCUCACAAUUGGGCUGAGCUUGAUUGAACCAUGGGGGAACACAGUCCAGACAACAACAUCAUCUACUUUGAGGCAGAGGAAGAUGAACUGACCCCCGAUGAUAAGAUGCUCAGGUUUGUGGAUAAAAACGGACUGGUGCCUUCCUCACCUGGAACUGUUUAUGAUAGGACAACUGUUCUUAUUGAGCAGGACCCUGGCACUUUGGAGGAUGAAGACGAUGAUGGACAGUGUGGAGAACACUUGCCUUUUCUAGUAGGGGGUGAAGAGGGCUUUCACCUAAUAGAUCAUGAAGCAAUGUCCCAGGGUUAUGUGCAACACAUUAUCUCACCAGAUCAAAUUCAUUUAACAAUAAACCCUGGUUCCACACCCAUGCCAAGAAAUAUCGAAGGUGCAACCCUCACUCUGCAGUCGGAAUGUCCAGAAACGAAACGUAAAGAAGUAAAGCGGUACCAGUGCACCUUCGAGGGCUGUCCCCGCACCUACAGCACAGCAGGCAACCUGCGCACCCACCAGAAGACUCACCGAGGAGAGUACACCUUUGUCUGUAAUCAGGAGGGCUGUGGCAAGGCCUUCCUCACUUCCUACAGCCUCAGGAUCCACGUGCGAGUGCACACGAAGGAGAAGCCAUUUGAGUGCGACGUGCAGGGCUGUGAGAAGGCGUUCAAUACGCUAUACAGGCUGAAAGCACAUCAGAGGCUUCACACAGGGAAAACGUUUAACUGUGAAUCUGAAGGCUGCAGCAAAUACUUCACCACACUCAGUGAUCUGAGGAAGCACAUUCGAACCCAUACAGGAGAAAAGCCAUUUCGGUGUGAUCAUGAUGGCUGUGGAAAAGCAUUUGCAGCAAGCCACCACCUUAAAACUCACGUCCGUACACAUACUGGUGAAAGACCCUUUUUCUGCCCCAGUAACGGCUGUGAGAAAACAUUCAGCACUCAAUACAGUCUCAAAAGUCACAUGAAAGGUCACGAUAACAAAGGACACUCAUACAAUGCACUUCCAAAUCACAAUGGAUCAGAGGAUACAAACCACUUUCUUUGUCUGAGUGACUUGAGCCUUCUGUCCACAGAUUCUGAAUUGCGAGAAAAUCCCAAUACAACACAGGACCAGGAUCUCAGCACACUUUCACCAGCAAUCCUCUUUGAAUCAAUGUUCCAGAAUUCAGAUGAUACGGCAGUUCAGGAAGAUCCUCAACAGACAGCUGCCUUGAUUGAAAGUUUUAAUGGUGAUGCAGAGUCAGUCAGUGAUGUUCCGCCAUCCACAGGAAAUUCAGCAUCUUUAUCUCUUCCACUUGUACUGCAGCCUGGCAUCUCCGAGCCACCCCAGCGUCUACUACCAGCCUCAGCACCGUCCGCUCCUCCGCCUGCUCCCUCCCUAAGAACUGGUUCCCAGCAAGCUGCAUUUGGCAACCCCCCUGCUCUCUUACAACCUCCAGAAGUGCCUGUUCCCCACAGCACACAGUUUGCUGCUAAUCAUCAAGAGUUUCUUCCGCACCCCCAGGCACCACAGCCCAUCGGACCAGGACUUUCUGUUGUUGCUGGGGCUUCGGCAUCAGCAGCAGCUGUGGCAUCAGCCUUGGCAGCACCACCCCAACCACAAAGUACUACUGAGCCCCUGCCAGCCAUGGUCCAGACUCUGCCCCUGGGUGCCAACUCCGUCCUAACUAACAAUCCCACUAUCACCAUCACCCCGACUCCCAGCACAGCUAUCCUGCAGUCCAGCCUAGUCAUGGGAGAACAGAACUUACAGUGGAUAUUAAAUGGUGCCACCAGUUCACCACAAAACCAAGAACAAACUCAGCAAGCAUCUAAAGUUGAGAAGGUGUUUUUUACCACUGCAGUACCAGUAGCAAGUAGCACAGGGAGCUCUGUACAGCAGAUUGGCCUCAGUGUUCCUGUGAUCAUCAUCAAACAAGAGGAGGCAUGUCAGUGUCAGUGUGCGUGCCGGGACUCUGCCAAGGAGCGGGCAGCGAGCAGGAGAAAGGGCUGUUCUUCCCCACCCCCUCCAGAGCCGAACCCCCAGCCUCCUGACAGGCCCAGCCUGAAGCUAUCACCACAGACUUUUCCCUCCCCCACUGUCCCCCUGUCAUCAUCCUCCGCCAUACCCUCUUCCUGUGAGCAAAGCAGACAAGCAGAGACUCCUUCAGACCCUCAGACAGAAACGUUAAGUGCCAUGGAUGUGUCAGAGUUUCUGUCCCUCCAGAGCCUGGACACCCCAUCCAAUCUGAUUCCCAUUGAAGCACUACUGCAGGGGGAGGAAGAGAUGGGCCUGACCAGCAGUUUCUCCAAGUGAAAGGCCUAUAUAUGCUCCCCUCCAAGGAAAGAGGGCAAGCAGGAAGCAUAAGGUGCGAUGCCUACCAUUAUGGGGUCAGCAAUUUGAAGGAUGAAGAAAUCUACUGUUUGAAAUCCUCAACUGUCAGAUGUAUUUUCUUUAUUCAUAUCCCAGGAGCAUCCAUUUUAAGGAACUGAUCUUUGGAAAAAACAAAACAAAACAAAAAAAAGCUAAGUUAUAAACGAACUGUUUGGCUGCACUGUAUGUCACUUUUGCUUAUUGUCAUGUGAACUUGGAAAUUAAGGUUACUCGUAUGCAUAAAAAUUCUAAAUGAAAGGGUGUGGUUUUCAUCAAUCUGAUGCUGCCCAUCAUUGCACUGGGGUCUUUGUGGUUUUGGCAGUAGAGUUCAGGGUGUCGGGUGUUGCUCCUCCCAGGUGUCUUUUGAGUCUGAGGCUGACAUGUAUCCAGAGGCCAGACCCUCACUCCAUCAGAGAGGGGAGUGGCACAGGCAGGUCAGACAGCUGUGAGCUGAACAGGGACUGGGUGAGACGGUUUUGUUUGCCCGCAGUGUGGGUGGAGCUCAGGGUGACUGGGGCAGGUGUCAUCCUGCAGCCAGCUGCAGCGCAAGUGGGCAGCUAAGAUCCUGGCCUGAGACCGGUGAGAUGAUCUGGUUCUGCAGGGCCCUAAGCAGGUUGCUGGCUGCUGUCUGUCGCUGCUUGUGCAGGGCCGGCUGUAGCAGCAUGAGCUCAGUCUUUGCCUUCCUGGCUCUUUCUCAGUUGGUUGCCAGGGCUUGCAGAUCACAUGAAUUUUUCUUGGGGAACAUCCCUGGUUUGACCUACGGUGGACAAGUGGCUUAUGGCCAGUUGCUCGUCGGUGGUCUGCCUUCCUUUAAUGGUAUUUUCUUCUUCAGAGCAGCAGAGCUGCAUUUUGCUUAUCAGGAGAAGGUGUGGCUUUAAGGGAGUUUAAGGCGGCAAGUAAUUGACAGGCCAGGUGUCCUGGUUCCAGGUUCUAUUUGCCCUCUCCCAUCUCCGCCUCUCACCCCCCUGGAUUUUGCAUACAGCCUAGUACACUGCAAAGGGUGUGACUUGCUCAGUUUUGUCAUAUGAUUUCUGAACAAAAACAAAAACCAUGAAAAGAUGUUCUUCUACUCAGGGUAAAACAAAACAAAACAAAAAACUCCCCUUCCACCAAAAAGCCUGAAAUGUUGCAAUAAGUUAUCUCAUUUGGAAUAUUUCAUUAAGUUGUGUUAUAGGGAAAAAUUUUUUUUGAUUUAUAUAUAGAAUUAUAUCCAUCUGUCUACCUUUGGCUCCAAGUCAUUGCCUCUUAAAAUUAAACAUAAAAUACAGUCCACUAAAACGGAAUGUUGCUCUCAUCUGGCUGUGUUAGUGUAGUCAUGAGUGCUCCCCCAGUUUGCUGAGCUUAGACACUAGGCCUAGCCCAGGAUCUACACAAGGCCUCUGCCCUUCAAGAGUCCCUUCCCUUCCUUGAGCGAGGAGCAGGGUUCCUCAAACUGGGCCGUUCUCUGAGUCAGCAGUGUUAAGCAGAAAACAGCCAUAAUGUUGCCUUCCUUUUCCACUCUGCGUUUGUCACUCUCCUGUUCUCUGAGCCAUUACUCAGGGCCAGCCAAGAUAGUAUCCAGAACAGAUCAUUUACCUGGGAGCCAGAGGCCCUGCCUUUAACAGGAUGUUCAGGGACAGACUUAUACAGGAGGACAGUGGUGGUAAAUGUUAUUGUCAUGAGGAGAAUGGGCUUAACCAACAAGCAGCUGGUGGUUUCUCAUUCCAGGAGUCAGGAGAAUUGGUUUCUUUUUGGCCUUCUGAAUCCCCUCCGCAGAAGGCUGGUGGGUCUGGUGGCCAUUGACCUCAGCAGAAGCUGAUAAGGCAGGAGGCAUCUCCUACUGCCACAGAGGGUUAGUCUUUCUGGGAAGACUAUGCUGAGCAUAGUCUGUCCUUGGCUGUUUCUGGGCCUUGCACCCAUAGGAAACUUUGAAGUAGGACUCUUGCUGUUUUCUCUACAACUGAGAGAACAGCAUAAUGGGAUCUCAAAGGUAGCUCAUAUUGGAGGACAGGAAUGACCUCCCCCCAUACCCAUCCUAUGGUCACCUGGGUUAUGGUUCCCUGGGAGCUGAGGGAGCACACAGGAGCCCAGGGAAGGCCAUUGGAGGCAUCCAUGGUUUAAAUAAUGCUUAUUUCUGGUUAGCCAGGGCUGGCCUUGUAUUGGACCUCCCCAGAUCACUGGCUUUUCUGUUCUCCAAAGAUUGGGGGUGUUGGAAGAAGCAUCUUAAAACAGUGUUUAGGCUGACAGAUCUUUCUAAGUGAAGUAUCUGCCUUUUGAGGGUGACUCGAAAUGUUAGAAGAGGGACUGUCAGAUCCAGCUUUUCAAAAAUCAGGAAUGUACUAGUGAGUGGUUGUGAAGAGCAGGUUGUUGCAUAGGGUAGGUAGGUCUUGCCUUCUUCCUUCCUUCCUCUUACAGCACUCUUCCCCGCCUCGCCCUUCUGUAAGCACCAAGGGCCUUGGAGAAGAGAGGGCUGACAGCCAAAGUGGAGCCAGCAAGAGCCCUCAAGGAGAGUGUGGUUUCCCAAACCCAGGAAUGAACCUAGGGUGAGGUUAGGGAAGGUCUGCAGACUUCUAGCAGGUGAAAUCGAGCCUUUUUUUGUCCCAUGGUAACUUCACCCAUUUUCACCUUGUAGAUUUAUACUUCCAGCUCCCACUACCAUCUCUGGUCAUACUGCGCUUUACUGGGUACUAAUCGGCACCAGGAAUUGGCGUUCGUGGGCUUAGGAGGUGGUAGUAAACUGGCUGGCACCGCCAAACUGCCUUAGUGGUUUUGGCCCUUCCCAGGCAGGUGGGUGGGGCAUUGAGGCAAAGUGGCCCUGCUUUUCCUGGCAGGGUCUGGGCAACCUCAUGGGGGCAUCACCAGUUUGGUGGCAGGAGCUGGUGUCAUUAUUGAAUUACACCAUGCCCCCCAUUAGAAGGAGAUCAUGGUACAAAGCCCAGGAGGGGCCUUAAGGUGUGACGACCUCUCUGGGUAGAAGUAAGAGACUUCUCUUCACCAUCUCUGGGAGAGUCAAUAGAUUGGGAAGUUUUACCUUCAGGGUCAAAGCAGUGGACCAGUGGAGAUAAUGGAGGGUGGGUGGGUUUUCCUGAGAGACUUUGUAUAAUGCUGAAUGUGUCCAGAAGGAUGAGUUUGCAGAACCUCGUAUUGGUAUAUUAAAGAAAUAAUAAAAUAAAAAAGCACUUUAGGUUAUUUUAUCUUUAACCCAAUUGCUGCAAUUUCUUUUGUGUGUGUAUAUAUAUACAUAUAUAUACUUUCCACAAAGUUUUAUUUUUGCUCAGAAUAAAAAGUUAAAUUGAGGUGUGAAAAGAAAAGCACUUACCUUGGUGCAAUAUGUGUAGCUUGACGGUCGUUGUCCCAUGUGGCCCUGGCCUGGCCGUGUUUUUCCGCUCCAUCAGCCCUGUACUGUGAGGCUGUCUAUAAGAAACACUAUUAUGCAUUCUCAGCAACUGCUCAAUCUAUGCAAGCCUUCCCUGUGUGCCCGAGGGCGCCCCCUCAGGCUCUCUGAAGAACUGCUGCGGGUCCUGUUUUCUGCGGAUUGUUGAGGCCCUUUUUCAUCCCUUCUUGGUCCCUUGCCAUCUUUCUCCCCUUCACCAUUGCAAAGUGAUGCCUGAAAGGAAGGAACAGGUUGUUCCUAAGUAGAAACCUGGCACCUUCUGGACUUUUAUAUUUGUAAUCAUGUCCAUUGUCCUUAAUCUUAAAGACUUCUCCAGAGUCACUGAAACCACUGAUUUGUAGAACUGCAACAAUAUUGCUGAAGAGUUUACAAUGUUCCUGUACCACCAAUCAGAAAUAUGUCUGAGGAAGUGGUGGUGGUAGUCAGGGAGGAGGGUGGGGGAUGUUGGGGGAGGUGCCAGCACCAUGAGCCAUUUCCCUGCUGCUCCCUAUACUGUCCAUGUUGGCUCUUUAAGAAAAAGGCCUGUGGCCUUCAUUAAAUCCAGUAAACAAAGCUGUUAAUAAUCUGCUUUAUCCACUUUCUUCCUUACACCUACUCCCCUCUUAUUCCUCCCCACCCGGCUCCGUGUUAUCCUCAAUUCUCAGGCUAACUAUAGAAAAGUUUUAAAAUAUACUUCAGCCAAAGCAGAUUUCCAUAGAUCCAAUAUGCAAAUGGUUCUAUUGUGACAUAGAUCAGAAAUUGCCUGUUCCUUACUAUUGGGGAGGGAAGAGGCAACAAAACUCAUAUUUCUGAUUGAUAGUUUAGCCUGUUUCCUCUUGCAUAGUUUUGGGGGAGAAGAAAAGGGUCCCUCGUUUCUUCUCAUGCCCUUUGGGGAAGCUGAUGUGGAGAAGAAAUCACUGUUGGGCAUUUCUCACUGUUACUCCUUUUCAAGAGAGGGCUUCUCAGUCUGCACUGAAAAUGCAAAUUAAACUGGAUCUUUAUGUCAAUGUGUACAUAAUAGAAGCUUUUUUACUGGAAGCAAAGUUUAAAACCACACACUGCCCUUUUGGUGGUGUGCCUGCUGGGCCAAAAAUUGGGUGAUAAUGUAGUGUCACUUUCUCAGCUCAAUGCAGUUUCUACUUUUUCUUAUGGAAAAAUUUUUCAUGAUACCUUUUUACCAAAACCCAGGGGUGUUUUUUGCAAUAUCCUUGUUAUCCUUGUAGUGGUGCCAAGUCAGAGGCCUCUCAUCCUUCUCCCGUGUCCUCAGGCCUUCCCAGGGGGCUGUUUGACUCAACUGUGUACAUCCUUUGUUGUGUUUUGGAGAAUGUUGGGGGGGGGGUCAGAGUUCAAGACACCUGUUUCCUUUCCCUGUGAACUCCCUGUCCCUGUUUGGGGAAGGUGGCUAGAAACAGGUUUUUGCUCAAUCUCUGGCUCAGAUCUUCUGACUAGGAAAGGCAAGACCCCUGAGAGCCUUCUUUUUUGACACACACUAGUCAUUGGCCGGAGGUCUUGGUGACAACUUUUUAAAUCCAAAAUGGUUUUAUUUGGAUUAUGUAAAAGUCUAUCAAAUUUAUGUAAGUGUGAAACAUGGGAACAACGGACUUCCACUGAGCGAUAUGAAAGCGUUACAGGUUCAGUACUUCCAAAGGAAGAAACCUCCAAACCCAAAAAGAGAGUAAAUAUGAAUUUGUAUUUUUGAAGAAUGUGAAAUAAUGGUGUUUGCUUAAUUGCUCAUUUUGUAUAAACUUAAUAUUGUACUUUAAAAUAUCUGCUAAGAAGUGAGAAUUUAACUUUUUGGAAUUGAAAAAGCAAUAUUAAAUACUAAUGAAAUCCUAAUUAAAAGCUUAUUUAAAUCUGGUA